CUUACAUUUAUCUCUGUGUAAAUCAAUCAUUAUUCGAUAAUAAAAUUAAUAUUUUUAAUGCGCAGGGAGCUCGCCCCUUUGUAGACCUAUGGCCGCUCACGGCGGUGGUCUCUUCUCAAGACUUCGAAUCCACUGCGGAGGACUCCAUCUUCAUCUCCCACCCACGCACCACCUCUCUCCGCUUCGACCCCUCCCCUAAGCUUGCCGCUUCCGCCGCCUCCGCUUCAUCGAGAUUCUCCUUCACCGUCUCUCAAUUCGACUCGUUGAAGCCAUGGUACCUCAGCAUGACCAACACCCAUACUGCCGUAGCCCCCGCAAGCCCUUCACUCGCGGGCGCCACUCCUCUCUCCGCCAGGUCACACUCCUUCGCUUCGCCGGCGGCUAGGUCCGCCCCUCGCCUGAGCGUUCCCUCCACGCCUUCCUCAACGCUGCCGAGAACGCCGAGGCCAUCGUUCCUUCAGUCUCCUUCGUCGCUGCUAUUCCCGUUCAAGAAGGAAGGAACGGCUGGAAACAGGGCGGCGCGGGACCGAGAAGCGUUUGCGCAGUUUAUAAGAUUUUACCGGCGGCCGUAUGAUGAGAUAAUAUACCGCGGGAAGAUGAAGGCGCCGCUCGGCGGGCUCGUAUCCAUCGUGUCGCCUAACGUAAAGAUGCAGCGCCGGCAGGGCGGUCAGCACCAGAGGAUUUAAUUUAAUAAUUAGCGACGGUGAUCAUGAUAAAUGAACUAGUAAGCGCUUCUUUUGUUAUUCAUAAAUUAUCAAGUUUAUGUAAAAUAAAUUGAGAUUACGCAGCGUAA